AUGGCGGCGGUGCCGCCAAUGGACCCCUACGAUCUCCUCCGUGCAAGCCUCAACCCCGACGGCACCCUCAACCGCAGCAAUCUGCUCCGCCUCCUCCCCCCCGGCGGCGCCGCCUCCUCCACCGCCGCUGCCGCCGUCGCCGUCGAGAAGGUCCCCCUCAACCCCUCCCACGGCACCCACCUCUGGAUCUUCCUCCCGGGCUGCGACCCGGCGGCGCCGCCGCUCCCGGUGGUGUUCUACGUCCCCGGCGGCGGCUUCAUCAUCUUCAACGCCGAAAUCGGCCCCUUCCUCAGCUCCUGCCGCCGCUUCGCCGGCGAGCUCCCCGCCGUCGUCGUUGCCCUACAGCACCGCCUCGCCCCCGAGCACCGCCUCCCCGCCGCCCAUGACGAUGCCGUCGCCGCCCUCCUCUGGCUCCGCCACCAGGCCGCCGCAGCAGCCGACCAGGCGGCGCCGCCACCGUGGCUCUCCGGCCGCCGCGCAGACUUCUCCCGGUGCUUCCUCCUCGGCAGCUCCUCCGGCGGCAACAUAGUCUACCACGCUCUCCAUCGCCUCCUAGCGGAGGGGGAAGAAGACCUGCGGCCGCUGGAGAUCCGAGGGGUCGUCUUCAACGAGCCCUUCUUCGGCGGCGCCGCCAGGACACCCUCGGAGACGUCGACGGACCUCCCGAUCAACGACCUUCUCUGGGAGCUCGCCCUCCCGGAGGGUACCGACAGGGACCACCCUUUCUGCAACCCCUUGCUCCGCCAUCACCACUGGCGGCGGCGCCGGUGGCUGCCGAGAUGCCUCAUCCGGUGCUACCUCGGGGACCCGCUCAUCGACCGCCUGAGGGCCCUCGCGGCGGAGCUCCGCCACCAGGCGGCGAAGCUGGUGACGCUGUUCGACGCCGACGGUUUCCAUGGCAUCGAACUCUACGACCCAAGUAAGUUCCAGUCCCUCAUCGACGACCUCAAGCUCUUCAUCUCUUCUUCUUCUUCUUCUUCCCCGCCGCCUCCGGCGGCGGCGGCGGCGGCGGCGGCGGAGGAGGAGGAAGAAAAAGAACACGCCAGCGGUGGCCGUUUUUAA